AUGACAGGCGAUCACAUGGCGGCGCAGCCUCGCGUUGCUUUCAUAUCGGGCCCGACAGACACGGGUCCUGGCGAGAGCUAUUUCCACACUCACUAUGUCCCCCAGAUUCAAAGGGCGGUUAUAGAAGGUGACAACUUUGUCCUGGGGCCUCUUCACAGCGGCGUGGAUGCAGAUGCUCUGCGGUAUCUCCUCGCGUACCCAGUCACUCCCAGUCGGAUCCAAAUCUUCAUGACUCCGACGGAGGACUCGAUCAGGGGUGCUGAGCUUCGGGCAUUGGGUGUCCAGGUGCAGGUUAUCGAGGGCAGAACGAGUCAAGAGCGCGAUGCCGCAUUGACUCGAGCCAGUACCUACGAUAUCCUUCGUGUGCGCACCCGAGAUGAAUCCCAGGCAUUCUACGGUCGCCUCUGGAGCGAGACCAAGCGAUGCGCGUCUUGUCUGACUGGCUAG